UCUACAUUUGAUCCUCAUUCAUGAGAAUGUCCCCUAACCCAAUGUUCUAAACCACUGGACCCACAGGUCUUAAGCUUUCAGAAGACUACACCUCAAGUCAGAACUGAUCCAGCUCCCCUUGAAAGCCUUUAACAUUCGUGUCAGUCCAGAAUCCUUUGACAGCCAGAAACCAACUCAGUAUCUCAGCAGUCAUGGCCUUGGAUCAGUGGACCUUCUUCACAAGUCCACCCAACAUCUCCAUUCCUGAGCCGCUCCUCUACGACAGCUACAUCCAGGAGAAUGACUCUGAGCUGGACCUGAACAUCUCUGCGGCUGGAGAGCCUCACCAGGACAAGACCAGCUCGGUGGUCAUGACGUUCAUCUACUUUGUGGUGUGUGCGGUGGGCCUGUGUGGCAACACCCUGGUCAUCUACGUCAUCCUGCGUUACGCCAAAAUGAAGACGGUGACCAACAUCUACAUCCUGAACCUGGCGGUGGCAGACGUCCUGUGCAUGAUGAGCCUGCCGUUCAUCGCCAUGCAGCUGGCCUUAGUGCACUGGCCAUUUGGAGAGGCGCUGUGCAGGGUGGUCAUGACCGUAGACUCUCUCAACCAGUUCACCAGUAUCUUCUGCCUGAUGGUGAUGAGUAUUGAUCGAUACCUGGCCGUGGUCCAUCCUAUUAAGUCCACCAAAUGGAGGAAGCCCCGCGUAGCCAAGCUAACUAACCUGACCGUGUGGGUUGUGUCACUGCUAGUCAUCUUACCAACGAUGAUCUUCAGUGGACUUAACAAGGUGCCGGUGUGUGGGAUUGUGUGGCCGGAGCCCCAGAACACCUUCUCCACCGCCUUCAUAUUCUACACCUUCUUCGUCGGCUUCUGUCUGCCUUUGGCAGUCAUCUGUCUGUGCUACCUGCUCAUUAUAGUCAAGGUAAAGUCAUCUGGUGUACGAGUGGGUUCCACCAAACGCAAGCGGUCAGAGCGCAAGGUGACGCGGAUGGUGUCCAUCGUGGUGGCGGUCUUUGUCCUCUGCUGGCUGCCUUUCUACAUUUUCAACGUCACUUCUGUCACCAGCUCCAUUAGACCCACAUCAGCGCUGAAGAGCACCUUUGACCUCGUGGUAGUGCUCGGCUACGCCAACAGCUGCGCCAACCCCAUCCUGUACGCCUUUUUGUCGGAGAACUUCAAGAAGAGCUUUCAGAACGUUCUGUGUCUGAAAAAGGUGGCGGGUCUGGACGAGGUGGAGCGGAGUGACAGCAGGGUGGACAGGAGCCGGAUGGUUCACGACGCAAUCAACGCCAACCUGGAGACGCACGAAGCGGCCCUGCUCAACGGCGAGCUGCAGACUGGCAUCUGAGAUGAUGAGCAGGAGAAGAAGAUAGGUCAGAGUGGUG